AUGCCGGUUCUUAGGAUGGGCCGGGCCCUCAAAAACCACAUCUCGUGCCGCUGGUGUUUCGAUAUCUAUCUCCCAUUUGGGCUAUUGAGUCCAGUCGUUAUCUUCGUUACCUUCCAAAUCAGCAAACCUGUAGCACCGAUGAGCCUAAGGGAAAACGUGGUUUGUCUUGAUCCUUUGGGGACGGCCAUGCCUAGUAUCGGCGCUGGUCUGCUCUCGACACUGCAGUCAGAUUUCGGGACAGGUCAAUGGAUGGUAUACCAGGUUAUUCUGGGAGAGGGCAUCGGCAUGGGAUUCCAGUUGCCUGUUUUCCUCGUGCAGACCACCCUAUUAUCUACUUACUGGUAUCUCCCACCCCACGGCCUUGAUGCCUUGUCUUUCAUUCAGCUCCUUGGCGAUUGCAUCUUCGUCUCCAUUGCGCGAGAUAUCUUUCGCAAUAGGUUACUGGCAGGCAACCACACAACUUUGCCGAUGGUGGACCCUCGCGCGGUGAAUAAUGUCGGUCCUACCAAUUUUCAGAGAGUGUAUUCGAGCUAA